AUGGUUCUCUCCAGAUGGAUCUCUGUGGCGACUCUGCUGACCCUGCUGACUCCAGAGUCUCUCUCACAACUAAGUGUGUGCGGUCAGCCUCCUCUGAACACCCGGAUCGUUGGGGGGCAGGUGGCCACCGAGGGCAACUGGCCUUGGAUGGCCAGUCUGACCAAGCGUGGGCUCCACUUCUGUGGAGGGUCGCUCAUCAACAGUGAGUGGGUGUUGACCGCCGCCCACUGCUUUCCAUCCACCAGCCUACAAGACCUGGUUGUGAAUCUGGGUCGCCAGAACCAGCAGGGCAGCAACCCCAAUAAUGUGCAGCGGACGGUGACGCGGAUCAUCAACCACCCCCAGUACGACGACACGACCAACGACAAUGACAUCAGCCUCCUGCAGCUCUCGUCGGCAGUGACUUUCAACAACUACAUUAUGCCCGUCUGCCUGGCAGCUCCAAGCAGCAGCCUCCACAGCGGCAUCGAAUCCUGGGUCACCGGCUGGGGCAAGAUCAGCAGUCUAGUGUCCCUUCCAGCCCCAGGAGCCCUGAUGGAGGUGGAGGUGCCCAUCGUGGGGAAUAAACAGUGUAACUGUGACUAUGGAGUGGGUGGAAUCACAAGCAACAUGAUCUGCGCCGGGCUCCGUGCUGGAGGGAAGGACUCCUGUCAGGGGGACUCGGGCGGUCCACUGGUGAGCAAGCAGGACACUCGCUGGAUCCAGACAGGAGUCGUUAGUUUUGGAAUAGGUUGCGCACUGCCUGAACUCCCAGGGGUCUACGCCAGAGUGUCAGAGUACAAGUCCUGGAUCAACAGCCAGCUCUCCAGAAAUCUGCCAGGCUACAUCACCUUCGUGUCCAUCGGGACCGACAGCGACAUCGGCGUCAUUUGUGUUACAUCUCAACCCGUAAUCACUCCCACCACCACUCCCACCACCACCACCACUCCCACCACCACCACCACUACCACCACCAACACCACCACCACCACCACCAACACCCCUGCAACCACCACCACCCCACCGGUGAUCUGUGGCCGAGCCCCGAGGAAUUCACGUAUUUCGGGGGGCGGCUCCGUGGUGAUUACCGCCGAGUGGCCGUGGAUGGCGAGCCUGCAGAAGAACGGAAGUCACGUGUGUGGCGGCACUCUGGUCGCCGUGGACGCCGUAUUGAGCAACGCCGCCUGCUUUUCCAGCUCCCCCACGCCGUCUGACUGGACCGUCGUGUUGGGUCGGUUGAAGCAGAACGGGUCCAACCAAUUCGAGGUGACGCUCAACGUGACCAACAUCACCAUGAGCACCAAGGAUGGGUUCAACGUGGCGGUGCUGAGGCUGGCGGCCCGACCCGGCCUGUCCGACUACAUCCAGCCCAUCUGCAUGGACAACGGGCAGACCUUCGCCGUGGGCGUCACAUGCUGGGUGGCGGGCUGGAGCGCCGGGCGAGGAGGGGAGGAAGGAGUUCUGCAGGAGUUCCAGACCUCGGUGGAAAGCUGUGGGAACGAGUCAUCGUCCGGUGACAGCAUCUGUACCGGACUCUUAUCACUGGAGCAGGGGGACUCUGGGGGUCCGAUGAUGUGUAAGCUGAGGGACUCCUGGUUCCAGGCGGCAGUGCUGUCGUCUCAAAACGCCACCAGAUCCAAACGAGCAGCCGUGACGGUCUUCACCAGCCUGAGCAGCUUCCAGAACUUCCUGUCUCAGACGGUGGGCUUCCUGUCUUCCACCACCACCUCCACCACCAACGGGACCUCCAACACCAGCGCGGGCGCUCCUGCUCAAUGCCCCUUCCUCCUCCUCCUGCUCCUCCUCCCUGUGUGUCUCCAGCUCUUGGUGCCGUGAACAUGAUGGAGAUACCUCGUUCACUUUAUAGACAGAUAUUAAGAUCUGAUUAUGAAGUCCAAUCAGCACUGGAGGUUAACAAAGCCUAACAUGUAGAUUUACCAGAGCUAUAUAUAUAUAUACAUGAAUAAUUAUUCCUGAUGAUUUGAUUGUCCAGGAAACUCCUUUCUGAAUCAGAAAUGUGCCUUUUAGUUCUUUGCACAACAACUAUAAUGUAUAAAAGUAAUAUGCGUUUUAAAAUGUGCUGUACAGUGAAGAAUGAGAUAAAUAUUAAUGGGUUGUGCACAAAGAAAAGAA